AUGGCACGAAAUUUAAGGAAUAGACGCGGUAGCGACGUUGAAGAUGCAAGCAACGCAAAGGUUGGGUAUGAAACACAGAUUAAAGACGAAAAUGGCAUAAUCCAUACAACAACUCGCUCUUUGAGAAAAAUAAACUACGCAGAAAUUGAGAAAGUGUUUGAUUUUUUGGAAGAUGACCAGGUCAUGGACAAAGAUGAGACGCCCGUUGAUGUUACUAGUGAUGAACAUCAUAACAACAACCAGAAAGGCGAUGAUGAAGACGAUGAUGUUGAUCUUGUAUCACCGCACGAAAACGCCAGAACGAACGAAGAGCUUACUAAUGAAAGGAACUUGAGAAAAAGAAAAGCGCAUGAUCCAGAAGAAGAUGACGAAAGUUUUCAUGAGGAAGAUGUCGACGAUGAUGAAGAGGAGGAAGAAGCAGACGAAUUUGAAGAUGAGUAUUUGGAUGAAGACUCGAAGGAUAACAACCGUCGGCGCAGAGCGGCCGAUAGGAAAUUUGUAGUACCAGACCCUGAUGACGAUGAAGAAUACGAUGAGGAUGACGAAGAAGGAGACAGAAUAAGCCAUUCGGCUUCUUCUAAACGUUUGAAAAGGGCAAAUUCUCGAAGAACAAGAUCGUCACGUCACCCAGAAACUCCACCACCGGUAAGAAGAGCUUUAAGAAGUAGGACAAGACAUUCGCGUACUUCAAAUGAAGAAAAUGACGAUGAGAAUGAUAAUAGCAGGAAUGAAGCGUUAACUUUAGCUGAUGAAAUUAGAGAGUUACAGGAAGAUAGUCCUAUCAGGGAAAAAAGAUUUCUUCGCGAAAGAACUAAGCCGGUAAAUUACAAAUUACCACCACCACUAACUGCUAGCAACGCAGAAGAAUUUAUAGAUAAGAAUAACAAUGCACUUUCUUUUCAUAACCCAUCACCUGCACGGCGUGGUCGCGGUGGUUGGAAUGCUAGUCAAAAUUCUGGUCCCACAAGAAGGCUUUUUCCCACUGGUGGACCUUUUGGUGGCAAUGACGUAACUACAAUAUUUGGUAAGAAUACUAAUUUUUACAACCAAGUCCCAUCUGCAUUCAGUGAUAAUAACAACAAUAAAUUAAUACUGGAUUCAGACUCUUCCGAUGAUGAGAUAUUACCUCUUGGCGUGACACCGAAAACAAAGAAAGAGAACACGCAAAAAAAGAAGAAGAAAAAACCAGAAAUUGCAGACCUCGAUCCAUUAGGCGUAGACAUGAAUGUAAAUUUUGACGAUAUAGGUGGUUUAGACAACUACAUUGACCAAUUAAAGGAAAUGGUGGCCUUACCACUAUUAUACCCAGAAUUGUAUCAAAAUUUUAAUAUCACGCCCCCAAGGGGUGUUCUUUUCCAUGGUCCUCCUGGUACGGGUAAAACACUUAUGGCAAGAGCGUUAGCAGCAAGUUGUUCUUCUGAUGAAAGGAAGAUCACAUUUUUUAUGCGUAAAGGUGCAGAUAUUUUAUCCAAGUGGGUUGGUGAAGCUGAAAGACAACUCCGUUUGUUAUUCGAAGAAGCUAAAAAACAUCAACCUUCCAUCAUUUUUUUUGAUGAAAUCGACGGAUUAGCGCCUGUGAGAAGUUCCAAACAAGAACAGAUCCAUGCUAGUAUUGUUUCCACAUUAUUAGCGCUGAUGGAUGGUAUGGACAAUAGAGGCCAAGUCAUUGUCAUCGGAGCCACAAAUCGACCCGAUGCAGUGGAUCCCGCAUUAAGAAGGCCGGGAAGAUUUGAUAGAGAAUUUUAUUUUCCAUUACCUGAUGUUAAAGCACGUUUUAAAAUUUUGCAAAUUCAGACCAGGAAAUGGAGUUCACCGUUGUCAACCAACUUCAUUGAUAAAUUGGCUUUUUUGACCAAAGGAUAUGGUGGUGCUGAUCUGAGGUCCCUAUGCACUGAGGCUGCACUAAUAAGUAUACAAAGAAGCUUUCCUCAAAUUUAUAGGUCAAAUGAUAAACUCUUGGUGGACCCUUCUAAGAUUAAAGUCAAAGUUAGCGAUUUCAUGUUAGCUUUGAAAAAAAUUGUUCCGUCAUCUGCGAGAUCUACUGGUAGUUCUCCUCAGCCACUACCUGAAUUAAUCAAACCAUUACUGGCAGAUCAACUUAAUAAUUUAAAGAACAAGCUGGAUUAUAUGCUGAACAUUAAAGACACAACUUUUCAGAGAAACACAUCAUUGCUACAAAAUUUCAUCGAUUAUGAAGAAUACAGUGGAGAGGAAGAAGAGCAUGACAAAUAUGGAGGAAAUGAAGAUACAUCCAGUUUUAGAUCAUAUGAGUUUUUCGAAUCGAUGGCGGAAUCACAAAUUUGUAAACCUCGGUUAUUAAUAAAUGGGCCCAAGGGAAAUGGUCAACAAUAUGUCGGAGCCGCAAUUUUAAAUUAUUUAGAAGAAUUCAACGUCCAAAACCUGGACCUUGCCUCUUUGGUUUCGGAAAGUUCUAGGACUAUUGAAGCUGCUGUAGUGCAAAGUUUUAUGGAAGCAAAGAAAAGACAGCCCUCAGUUGUAUUUAUUCCUAAUUUAGACAUUUGGAUCAACACUAUUCCAGAAAACGUUAUUUUAGUCUUAUCAGGUUUGUUCAGAUCUUUACAAAGCAAUGAAAAAAUUCUUCUAUUAUGCUUAGCUGAAAAUCUUGAUAUAUCUGAAGUUAAAAAUGGUAUUUUAUCUGAUUUUGCUUUUGAUAAAAAUAUCUUUCAACUGCAUAAACCAUCCAAAGAGAAUAUAACGAGGUAUUUUUCUAAUUUAAUUGAACUACUGAAAACAAAGCCAAGUGAUAUUCCCAUGAAAAAGAGAAGAGUCAAACCGUUACCUGAAUUACAAAAAGUAACUUCAAACGCAGCUCCAACAAAUUUUGAUGAAAAUGGUGAGCCACUGUCUGAAAAAGUGGUAUUAAGAAGGAAGUUGAAAUCUUUUCAACACCAAGAUAUGAGAUUGAAAAAUGUGUUAAAAAUCAAACUCUCAGGCUUGAUGGAUCUUUUUAAAAACAGAUAUAAAAGGUUUAGAAAACCACCUAUUGAUGAUGCCUUCUUGGUUCAUCUUUUCGAACCAGAGACAAGCAAUGAUCCCAAUUGGCAACCUGCAUAUAUAAAAGAUGAGAACAUGAUUCUGGAGGUUUCAACAGGGCGAAAGUUUUUUAACAUGGAUUUGGAUAUUGUCGAAGAGAGACUUUGGAAUGGCUAUUACUCAGAACCAAAACAGUUUUUAAAAGACAUUGAACUGAUAUACAGGGAUGCAAAUACCAUUGGGGACAGAGAACGUGUCAUUAAGGCCUCUGAGAUGUUUGCCAACGCGCAAAUGGGUAUCGAAGAAAUUUCAACCCCGGAUUUUAUUCAAGAGUGUAAAGCUACUCGCCAAAGGGAUUUGGAAAGGCAGGAACUUUUCUUAGAAGAUGAAGAGAAAAGAGCUGCAAUGGAAUUAGAAGCCAAAGAACAGAGUCAAGAAAAUAUACUGCAAGAACCUGAUUUAAAGGAUAACAAGGCUAAUGAGUUUGGUGUAGCUGCUGGUAAUCAAUUGCAAGCUCAGCUGCAAACAACUAUCAAUACAGCCUCUAUCGUUAAUAACAGCGAGGUCCCUCAACCAAUUGAUACCAACCUGUAUAAAAAGGAGAUUCCUGCGGCAAUUCCCUCUGCAGUAGAUAAAGAAAAAGCGGUCAUCCCUGAGGAUAGCGGUGCAAAUGAAGAAUACACAACGGAACUGAUACAGGCCACUUGCACGUCAGAGAUAACCACCGAUGAUGAUGAAAGGGCCAGAAAAGAACCAAAAGAGAAUGAAGACUCUUUGCAAACGCAGGUUACGGAAGAAAACUUCAGCAAAAUAGACGCUAAUACUAAUAAUAUAAAUCACGUAAAGGAAAUUCAAUCGGUUAACAAACCAAAUUCCCUCCACGAAACGGUAGAAAAAAGGGAACGAAGUCCGAUACCAAAAGAGGUUGUGGAACCGGAGCAAGGGAAGAAGAGCGACAAGGAGCUUAUUUUGACGCCCGAACAAAUAAAAAAAGUAUCUGCAUGCUUAAUCGAACACUGUCAGAAUUUUACGGUUUCUCAAUUAGAAGAUGUUCAUUCGUCCGUUGCAAAAAUAAUAUGGAAAAGUAAAUCAGCAUGGGAUAAAACAGGAACUGUCGAUGAAAUAAUAAAAUUUUUAUCUGAAUAA